UCCUUACUGUUACUAUGUCUUACUACGAAGUGGAAAACUUAUCGCAUAGCAAAUGGCAAUGGACAAUGUGGAGGACAAUGACAAGACAGAGCAUGUUACUUUCGGUAUGAAACAAAGUAUCAGCUUUCAAAUGUUGUCAUUUUUUAAAAGAAAUUCAAACAAUAAAUCUAUUUUGUGGCUCUUUAAUGUGUCGUGACAGAUGGCGGUGGCGCCUCAGUUCAAGUGGCAUGUGAACCGAUCAUCUCUUCCUCUUUACUAGUUAUAGAAUGAAAUAAGCAUGAAUGAACAUCAGAAGGCAUCUUGUUUCAACCACAGAAAGACGUCAAUAUACACCAUUUUACAAGUUCAAGUACACUGACGUCAACCUCGUUGAUAAUCUCCGUCUGGUUUCAACACCUGUCAUAUGAUUGGUCAGAUCACCUGUCAAUCAAAAUCCUUGCAUAGUGUGAAUUGACUUACUUUCAUGACAUUCCAGACCUGUGUGACUACUUUCUCGGUGGAAAACACACACAUACACACACACAAAACAGAUUUUUUUUUGUACAUAUACUUAAAGUCAUUGGGAACCCCAGCAUUCUUCAAAAUAUUUUCUUCUCUGUGUUCUGCAGGAAAAAAAAAAGUCAUGCAGAUUUGGACCAACAAGAUAAAUGAUAACAGAUUUUUCAUUUUUGGGUGAACCAUCACUUCAAGUUCACUUCAAGGAGUCUAUAAUAUAACAUUAAAUUAAGGCUUGGCAUAAGGGUUUAUAAUUCCAGUGGAAAUACACCUGACACAACUGAUUUAAUGGAUCAACAAAUAGACAGCAUCUGUGUUAUUAUGCCAACAAAAUGUCGUUACAGCAACUGGUCCCAAAUGUCUCGGUAAAUAGAGAAAAAAAAAUGUUCUGGUUUGUUGAAGGGCGAUCAAAAACACAAACAUGUAACUUCAGCAUGUUUUUGUGUAACCUCUGAACCGGAGUUAUUAUAGAACAGGUGACCUGCGAGUAUAUGGACAGGUGAAUCAGAAAGAUGAGUCACAGACAUACAUCAUAAUGAUUUCCUGGCACCACAAGCCCUUCUUUCAAAGAGACUGUUUUCAUUGUUCCCAUGACAACUAAAAAAAAAAAAAAAGAUGAUGAAAAUUCAUUGGGUUCCUAUUGAGCAUGGCUGUUUCUAUAGCAACAGGAAGAGAGAGACUGGAUGAGUAAGCGGCAGGAGCUAUGAGUGUGUGAGAAUGAACGUGUGUGUAAGAAAGAAUUUAUUGUAUUGAUUUGGAAGGAUAUAUGAUUUCCUUUUGUGACAUCUCAGUAGUACCUACCUGUACUUCCUCUAAAUCCCACUUCUCAUCUUUUCACACAAUUGUGCCCCCCUCCAUUUGGGCAUUGAGUGCUCCUUGCCUCCCACCAUUUCUGUCUGUGUGUCUUUGCACCUCCUCCCCCCUCCACCGUGGAUUUCCUCUCAGAGAAGGAGCGUGUGGUGUGUAAUCAGAUGACAACGACUGAUAAUCCAGCAAUACACCUACUCUGUCCUGUUCACUUAGAGCGGAGCGAGAGAGCAGGAGUGGAAGAGAGGAAAGAAGUGAAGGAGGCGGGAUCCGUCUGGGCAGAGGGGAAGGAGACGAGAGGAGGAAGUGGGAGUAGUUUAUUCACUAUGGAGGAAGGACAAAGACCUGCAUCUGAGAUCUACCUCCCAAGCAUCAGUCUUGGAUCUGCUGAUGGUGAAACAGUGGAGAACCAUGAGUUGCCAACAAUUUCUUUAACCAAAAGCUCGACAGAAAUGGUCAGUGGACCUCCUCAACGAACAGAGCUGGCAUGGUACCGUCAGAACUUGCGUAAGUGCGUCAGCAGUGCAGAAUGUACUCAAAGGCCUAUCAGUAUGGGUGGACCAUCUUCAGGAGUCCCGGUGAAUAUUUGUGACCAUGAACAGGGGAGCAUGUGCAGUGGCAACAGCACCCAUGAGACUGUAAUCUGGCAUGGAGGAGCAGCAAGAUCCUGGAGUUUCAUGGAGGACUCGCCCAGAAGGUUUCCAACGCACGAUCCUCUCUUGGGGCAAAAUCAGGUCCAUAGUGGUGUGAAGUGUGUGCCACACACACCUUACACAAAUAGAGAUUUAGGGAUGAAGGGUCUGAUGUGCAGGGAGGGAUGUUGUUCAUGUUGUGGACCUGCAGAGAAUCUGAAAGAGUGCAGCUGUUGCAGAGUUCAUUGUAGAAUGAGUUCUUCGGGUCUGAGCAACAACUUCACACCACAGGGAGCGAAUACAGAAGACCAUGCUCAGAGCAACUGUGAAAGUCAUCAUUUCACUGCAUGCCACAGAUCUACCUGUUCUGGUCACAUGCUGAACACUGCCUGUUUAAGAAAUACUUGCAAUGUUGUUCCAUGCUCUGGACAUUUGAUAUCACGGCCACCUUGUGCAGGAAGCCCUUGUGCAGGACAAAGAUCACUGCUCCAUUCAGGCUUGCUCGGUUUCCCACCACUUGUGUCCUCAGUCAGUGAGACCAGACUUGACAGCCGCAGUACAGGCCAGUGCUGCGGAUCUGAGUUUAGGGGGCAGAACUCUUCUUGCCUUCGACUAGACAGAACAGGCCUGACUGGUUUUAACAGGACAGUCAAAGAUGCCACUACCAUGACAUCUGAUCAUAUGCUCAGAGAUGUUGGUGUGCAAACCGUGUCUGAUUCCCUUGCUUCCCCUCUUUCUCAUGUAUUUCCUGAAAUUAGUUUAAGAGCGGAUCCUAUUUCAGACACACUUUCGGAGCACAUGUGUCAUAAGACCCCAGUGAAGGAGGUGGAAUGGGAUGCUGAGGGUAUGACAUGGGAAGUGUAUGGUGCAGCUGUGGACCCUGAAGAGCUUGGCCUAGCAAUUCAAAGGCAUCUGGAACUUCAGAUCAAAGAGACUGCAGCUGCGGCAGCUGCGGCUGCUCAAACGCAAGACUCCACGGACAAUGACAGCAGCCUAGCAUUGCAGCCCAGGCGACGGAAGAAGAGUGAAGGCAUUAUAAGAACACUGCGCAGUUCAGCAUGUUGCUCUAACCCCAGUACUGUGGGAGACUAAGGUGAUCAUCGAAGGGCUGGAUAUUGCCUUUUCAGUUUGUGGAUGCCUAGGUUAGGUAAAGAAAGGUUUAGGCUUUUCCUGGAAGGUGGAAAUGGAUACAGAAUGGCCCUUGGCAUAUAUAUUUAUUAAGCUAAAGAAAAUUGUCCUUAAAUUAAAUCUCUAUAUAUUCCAAAGCUGUGUCUGCUUAGUUGAUGCUAUUAAAGCUCCACUAUUGGUUAGGUAGAGCAGUGAUGUUCAGAGAUAAAUAGCAAGCUAGCAUUGCAUAGAGCUACCAUAUAAAGUUUACAUAUAAUGGGGAGUUUCUACCUUACUUCAUACAUGACCUUUUAGAUUCCCCUUUUGGCCCAAAAUACCAAAAUAAAGAUUUUGGUGAGCACUGAGUAUUUUCAUUUAUUAAAAUGCUAUUUAAAGGUUAAAAUGUCUGGUUGUACUUGUUGGAUUUUGUCAAGCAAACAGCAGAUUACUGAACAUUAGCUAUGGGGUAUACAUUAAAAAAAUACACCCUGAAGGGCUCCCUGGAGCAUGAUCUGAGGUGUACUUCUAAUUAUUAUACAUGCUAACCCUCAAAUCAUGAUGGAUUUCGAUUUCUUUGUAUUCUGGUCUCACAGAUUCAUGGUGUUAAACCCUUUGUAGUCAAUGAUAAUCAACCAGUAGUAAAUGGCAGAGUUUUCAGCUUAAAUGGUUUAAAAAAAAAAUCUUCAUUUUUUUUUCACAGAUUCUGUGGCUGCAGAAAUAUAAUUUACAAAAACUAUCAAUUUACAACAAUGUAUGUUGUUACUGAAUUCACUGAUCUUGAUGCAAAUGGUGAUUGGUCCAGUGUCGGUUUGCCUGCUGGAUUAGAGUGGGCUCAAGGCCAAAAUCAAUCCACAGAGCUAAAAAUAUGAAUGCUCAUGAGGUUUGUGGGUGUGUAAAGCUAGGUUCUUAUCAAACCUACUGAUGAUUAGCAAAUAUAGACUCAAGGUCAUUGUUCCUGCACUUAUAUACUGUAGUACAUUAGGAGCUAAAACUAAGUCCCAGUCCUGGUUGUAUGCUCAGGGACAAUCUCAGUCAAUUCAAAAAGUAAAACAUGUACAUUUUGAUUUUGUUGCCAAAACUCGACAUUGAUUUUAUUUUUUUAUUUUUAAUCUUUCCACUAUUUUCAUGUCAUGAUUUAGUAAUGAAGAAUAUUUUGUGGUUGCGUUCUAUUUAGAAAAGUGUAAAGAC